AUGGCUUUGAUCUCUGAAACUUCCGAUGACGGUUCUAAUGGCGGCGAGCCAAACAAGAAACCCGAAGAACUCCACAAGAACCCGCAAGAAGAAGAAGAGAAUCAAAACGAGAAACCUCAAGAAGAAGAACAAGUAGAGAAUCUUGCUCAUGUUACUCGACACAUCCCAGAAGAUAUCGCCGAACGCAUCCUCUUACUCGACUGGAGAUGUCAUUACCCGAAGCUAUCUCUCUUCUCCAGAGCCUUUCGUCGCGUCAUCUCUUCGCGGAGACUCUACCAGAGACGCUUGGAACUUGGCCUCACUGAACCUGUUCUUUACGCUUCGAUCCAAUUCCCUCCUGUUAGGCGCAAGCCGAGCUGGUACAUUCUCAAUCGUAACGCUCCAAGAAUGAUCGAAGUCAGUUCACUUCCUCCUCUGAUGCCUAGAUCUGCUGUGGUCACAAUAGGAUACGAGAUGUAUGUGAUCGGUGGAUGGGGUGAAUCAGUUCAAACAACAUCGAACGUGUUAGUAGUCAUCGAUUGA